UAUUCCCUAUCGCAUUCCCAUUAUCCCGGCCAUGGCCGCUCCUGCCAACACCCAAAGCGCCACCAAGACAUGGGAGCUGAGCCUGUACGAGCUGCACCGGACCCCACAGGAAGCCAUCAUGGACGGGACGGAGAUCGCAGUGUCCCCCCGCAGCCUGCACAGUGAGCUCAUGUGCCCCAUCUGCCUGGACAUGCUCAAGAACACCAUGACCACCAAGGAGUGUCUGCACCGGUUCUGUUCCGACUGUAUCGUCACAGCCCUGCGCAGUGGGAACAAGGAAUGUCCCACCUGCCGCAAGAAGCUGGUUUCCAAGCGUUCCCUUCGUCCCGAUCCCAACUUCGACGCCCUCAUAUCCAAGAUCUAUCCCAGUCGGGAUGAGUAUGAGGCCCAUCAGGACCGGGUGCUGGCCAAGCUGAGCCGGCUGCACAACCAGCAGGCGCUCAGCACCAGCAUCGAGGAGGGGCUCAAGAUGCAGGCCAUGCACAGAGCCCAACGCGUCCGCAAGCUCCCCCCGGAGUCCGACAACGCCACCUUGAGCGGUGGUGAGGACACGUGUGACGCUCGCUCCCAGUUCAGCACCACCUCCGGCCCUGGGCCCAGCAGGAAACGGUCCCGAGGCUCCGAGGACUCCGGUCCCGAUGGGGGAGGAGGAGGAGGAGGAGGAGGAGGAGGAGGAGGAGGAGGAAGGGCAGAGGUGGAGGUGGGAGCGGCGGAGAUUGAGCUGGUGUUCCGGGCGCACCCGUUGUUGGUGGAGAAGGGGGAGUACAACCAGACACGCUAUGUCAAGACCACCUCCAACGCCACCGUCGAUCACCUCUCCAAGUACCUUGCUCUCCGCAUUGCCCUAGAGGAGACCCCAGUACCGGAGGCACCAGUACCAACACCGGCACCACCGGGGGGGGGAACUGGUACCGGUACCAACACCAGCACCGGCACUGGGGCUGGGGGGGCACUGCAGGAGGUCAGCGAGAAGCAGUACACCAUCUACAUCCCCACUGCUGCUGGGGCAUUCACGACCCUCAACGGAUCCCUCACACUGGAGCUGGUCAAUGAGAAGUACUGGAAGGUCAGCAAACCCCUGGAGCUCUAUUAUGCCCCCACCAAGGAGCAGAAGUAGAUGGGGGGGGGGUCCAUUUUUGGGGGACCCCCCCCCU